UAUUCAAAAUCAAAUUUAUUUUCAUUUAUUUACUUAUUACUUAUUUUUUCGAAUGUAUUUAAAUGUCAUGAUGCCUUGUAUUAUUAGAACAUAAUUAUUAUUGUAUUUUUGAUCACAUUUAAUAUAAAUGCAUGCAGUUUCUAUAUAUUUAUAUAAAGACUAUAUAAAGAAACGAGCAGAAUGUUGAACACGUGUGUGGAGUUGAGCGUGAGUGCGUCAGACGUGUCGUAUUUGAUGGAGAAUGCUGAAGAUAAGACGUUAUUAAAACAAUUCGGUAAGAUAAAUGUUUUCAUUUCCCUGCUUCAAGUGUUCCUGAUGUGCAGUGUGUGUGUGUGUGUGUGUGUGUGUGUGUGUGUGUGUGAGUGUGUGUCAGAGGUGGGUAGAGUAGCCAAAAAGUGUACUCAAGUAAAAGUACUGUUACUUCACAAUACUAUGACUCAAGUAAAAGUAAAAAGCAGACAUCCAAAUAAUUACUACUAAAUAAAAGUACUUGGUGAAAAAACUACUCAAGUACUGAGUAACUGUUGAGUAACGUCUGAUUUAUUUUUAACACAACAAUUAGACAGACAAAAAUACAUUACAAUUAAUUACAAAAUAGCUUAAAUUAAAAUAAUUCAGGUAAAUUCAAGUAUUUAAUAACUAAAAUAACUAAAAUAAUAAUAAAUAAAAAAUAAAUACGCACAAGUAACACACAUUUCCAAACCUUUAUACUUUUUUUUCCUUUAUUAUCAUACUGUGUGUGUGUGUGUGUGUGUGUGUGUGUGUGUGUGUGUGUGUGUGUGUGAAUAUAGAGAUUUUUAGUCUGUAUAAAUCACAGAGCUGGGUUUUCCUCCUCGUGUGUGUCUGCAUUGCUGACGGUUGAUUCUGACGUGUGUGUGUGUGUGUGUGUGUUGAUCACUAACUCGUCCCGCCUCUGAGAUUGAGUAUAGUAACGUGACGAGCUGCACAACUACGUUUGAUUGGUGAAACACAGUCACGUGGUAGAGGCUUAGCGGAAGUUUCUCUCUCUGUCAAAAUAAAACAUUAAAUUGAUGCGUAGAAUAACAAAGAGGUCAAAAGAAAAGUAACGAGCUCAUUGUAGCCUAAUGUAGCGGAGUAAGAGUACAGUUUCUUCUUCACAAAUCUACCCAAGUAAAAGUAAAAGUAUAGUGAUUUUAGAACUACUACUAGAAGUAUCAUUUUUUCAAAAACUUACUCAAGUAACUGUAACGGAGUAAAUGUAACUCGUUACUUCACACCUCUGGCGCGCGCGCGUGUGCGCGUGUGAGCGCGCGCGCGUGUUAUAAUGAGGAUAUUAUUGCGCUUGUGUGAAGAGUGUCGGUGUUAUUUAUAUGAUGCAGCAGUUCAGUAAACCCAUUACUUCCUGAGGAAGGCUUGUGGUUUUGGCUUGUUGAAGAGCUGAGAGGACCAGAGCCCUGGAGGUUGAACCCAAAAUCUAAACUCACAAUAAUGAAGAUUAAAUACACCAUCUCCUUGAUCUUCAUCGUGGCUGUGGUGAUCAUCGAGAAGGAGAACAACAUCAUCUCCAAGGUUUCGGAUAAACUGGCUCUGAAGCAGACGCCUCAGACUCCCCUCCCCUCGUCUAUCCGCCAGAAUGGCUCCAGUGUCCCAGUCCUGUCUGAGCUCGAUUUCUCGUCCUACCUGGAAGUAAAAUGGCGUCUGGAGAACAUCACGAGUGAGCCGAGCGAAGGCAGGAAACACAUCCUCCUACUGGCCACAACGCGAACAGGGUCCUCAUUUGUGGGCGAGUUCUUUAACCAGCACGGCUCCAACAUGUUCUACCUGUUCGAGCCCCUUUGGCACGUGGAACGCAUGCUAACUCUGGAGGGUGGUCGGACCAAUGGUACGGCUUUGACGCAGACUUAUCGUGAUGUUCUCCGCCAGCUCUUCCUGUGCGACUUCUCAAUGCUGGAGACUUUCAUCGAGCCACCGCCGAAGGAUCACGUGACCACGAGACUGUUCCGGCGCGGGUCUAGCCAGUCUCUGUGUAACGAUCCCGUCUGCACGCCGUUUGUUAAGAAGGGCUACGAGCCUUACCAUUGCCAUAACCGGCGUUGCGCUGCACUGAACCUCACGCUAGCAUCCCUGUCCUGUCUGGAGAAAGAAAACCAUGCAAUAAAGUCCGUACGAGUACGCCAACUAGAGACUCUACGAUCAUUAGCAGAAGAUCCAAGACUUGAUUUGAAAGUUAUUCAGCUGGUCCGGGACCCUCGGGCCAUGUUAGCAUCCCGCAUGGUGGCCUUCGCGAACAAAUACGAGCACUGGAAGAGGUGGAUUAUGGAUGGAGACAUUCCAGAGGACGACAACGAAGUCAGGAAACUUAAAGGAAACUGCGAGAACAUCCGCGUGUCUGCUGAAGUGGGUCUCAGACAGCCCCCGUGGUUGCGUGGACGGUACAUGCUAGUGCGUUAUGAGGACAUCGCCAUGUUCCCCAUGCUUAAAGCAGCUGAGAUGUACCGAUUCACCGGCAUUCCGUUCACUCCGCAGGUGAAAGACUGGAUCUUGAGAAACACGCAAGCAUCCGAUAAGGCAAGCGGAGUCUAUUCCACCCAGAAGAAUUCAUCCCAGCAAGUGGAAAAAUGGAGGUUCAAUAUGCCCUUUAAACUUGCGCAGAUGGUUCAGAAACUUUGCAGACCCACCAUGAGUUUGUUUGGGUACACAUUCGCAGAAAGCGAAGAGAUGCUGACCGACAGAUCCAUCAGCUUGAUUGAAGAAAGGACUUUCUUAUGAUCACAGAACUUUUUUUUUACACAGAACAUUGACAUUCUUUAUAGAAAAGUUUUUAAUUCUAUUUAUUAUGGAGAUGAUUAUAGUUUAAAAACAUCCGAAACAUCACCUUCACGAACAUCAAGGAGACAUGAGGAGAAAUCAAUUUCAUGAUCGUGUGCCUACAACAUUUUCUACUCCAUUUUCGCUGUCCGUGAUGAAAUUGCAGAAUGCACGUGGGUCAGAACGUCACGUUACACCAUUAGCCUGGACACUUUUUGCUACCCCCUCGUAUCAUGCGUUUCAGGUUUCUCCUCAACUACGAAUUCUGCUUUUACUCUAAAGACCUAAGACAUUUUUUGGAAUACCAGGAAACAGCACUUAAAAACCAAAAAACAACCAAAAACACAAACGCUAUUCCUGCAGUGUCGGUGUUUGCUAAUAUUCAGGAUCCAGAGUAUUAUCCAAAAUUUCCACGGACUAACUGCUGUUGGAAUGCUGACGCAGACGUUUCUUUGAUGUUAUUAAGAAUGCUAGCUGGCUCGGGCAGCAGAUAGAUUAGACCAGGUUCAUAAAUUAGCUAGCAUAACAGAUUCUUACGCAUCGGAUUUUCUAGCUAUGAAGCUAAUCAUGUUGUUUUUUAUGUCAGUUGGUUACGAGUGAUUGAGCCAGAUUUCUCCACGUCAUUUUUGUAAUCAGAGCAGUAGAAUACGUAGCUGAAUGUUUUCUGUUCGCUUUCAUGCUAGGUUUGUUUGAAAGCUUGAAGCUGCCUGUUUUUUCUGCUUCUCCACACGUUUGCUAUGCUGUAAGUGUCUGUAUUUGGAGGGAAUUCACACUCAGCGUAUUUGUAUGUGUGUGUGUGUGUGUGUGUGUGUGUGUGUGUGUGUGUGUGUGUGUGUGUACUAUGUGUAUUAGGGCAUUCCUUCUGCAGCUGGCUUGCAGAAAGGUGUGAAUUCAGAGAGGUUUUGGCUGUAGACAAGUUCUGUCAACACUUCUAAUUGACGUUAACGUGCGAAAAUGUCGGCGCCCAUACACCGUGGCGUGUUCCAAUUUUGUUUUUAAUGUACGACAUGUCGACUUGCCUUCGUCCUGUGUGUGGUGUUUACGAAACACGUCAACGUGGUGGAAGCAAAAAAAAGAUCAACGAAUCAGCUAACUAGCUGCUUUACAAUCUGAAAAAAGCUAGCUGUCUUUCCCACGAUCUAGAUGAGGACUUAGCUGGGGCCUAAGUGUGCUAACAAGCUACUGAGCAAACGCACUAGCACAGUUUUAGCUUUUAAUUACACAUAGAAAGCUGUAGUAAUGAAACAUGAUAAUCAGCUGAUUCACUUGUUUUCUACAUUAUGCUAGCUGCUAUUUUAAUGAUUGAAUUUGCUAGUUAAAUUACUAGCAUGUUAACUAGCUAGCAGAUGUCAAUUGCAGGUAAAGGAGUGAAGCAGUAAACCUUGCUAAACAGCUUAUUAUGGAUAGAGGUUUUAAAACAGCCGAUCUUUCAGCUAAUCAUUUGAAUCACCAGCUGUCAAAGAUUGCUAGAUAUUUUGGUAUUUAGCUAGCAUAAACUUAGCAACCCAUCAGCAAAAAAACUGGUGUAUUAAUCAGCUUCAGUUUCUUAAAACAGAUUAUCAUCUGGUUUACAAAGCUAGAUAUGGUUAUCUUAUGGUUAUUAGUUGGCUAGCAAGCUAGCAUUCUAAUCAGCUAGCACAGUUUUAGCUGUCUAACACCUGUGUAUUACAGAUAGAGGAGUUUGCUAAUUAGCUAGUGUUCUCUAGUUACAGGUUCUGAAGUAGCUAGUAUGCUAGUUCUAAUGCUAAUCACCAUGUUGGGUUACUCACAAGCUAGCUUGCUAACUCUUUCAUAGCAUAAAACAUAUCCCUUUAUUUGAGUAACACUUUAGAUUAUUAACAAGCUAAAGUGCUAGGUUUGUUUGUUUACCAGCAAGUUAGCAUACCUGAUAGCUACCGGUAGUUCAUUUAUAUAUAAAGAAGCAGUAUUGAGGAUUGAAACAUGCUAAUUAGAUGAUCACUAUGCUAGCCCUUUAUCGAAUUCAACAGUGAUGUGUUAAAUGCUGGAUUGGAACACAGCCUGGUGGUUUUAUUUAUAAUAAAAGAAAAAAGAAAAUGA